UGCAUUGACAGGUUGAAGAUUGUCUUUUCCUCCUGGGAGUGUUCUUUAUCCAUGUAGACCCUAUAGUCCCCUGUGCCUUUCAGCCCUGAAUGUGCCUUUCAGCGCAGCUCUUGGAGGCUGCAGACUUCGCAGCUCGAAAGCACCGACCGCAGAGGCGGAAGGAUCCCGAAGGAACCCCCUACGUCAACCACCCCAUCGAUGGACACGCACUGUGAGGCCACUGGCCGAUUUCUUGUUUGUCCCUGCCGCUCUCCAAGACCGUGGGCUCCCAGAGAGCCAGGCUGAACAAGGGCCUGCGGUACUGCAGGAUCUCCCUACACCAGUUUUCUCUGUGCCUAGGACCUCAGCCAGGAGAGGGACUCUUCAGUUGCAGCAACCCUCGGGCCUCCGGCGUGCCAGGGGGCGCUGCAGGAGCUCUGCCCAGCAUCACCGGCUUCUGCCCUCCGCGACACCCGCGCUAUGGACUCAGAGGUCGCGCAGCUCUUAGAGGCUGCAGACUUUGCGGCUCGAAAGCACCGACAGCAGAGGCGGAAGGAUCCCGAAGGAACCCCCUACAUCAACCACCCCAUCGGUGGGCCCGCUGGCCCCGCUGGCCCGGGAGCCCUGGCGUCUGAGGGGUGGUGGGGACUGGGAAGGGACGGCGGAGGCACGCACCUCACUGAGCAUCUCGUUUGUUCCAAGCUUUGCGUCAGACACAGAUCAUUAGGUGUGGCUCGGAUCCUGACCCACGAGGCAGGAAUCACUGACAUUGUGGUGUUACAGGCGGCUCUGCUCCACGACACCGUGGAAGACACAGACACCACCCUGGAUGAGGUGGAGCUGCACUUUGGAACCCAGGUACGGAGAUUGGUGGAGGAGGUGACUGAUGACAAAACUCUGCCCAAGCUGGAGAGGAAGCGGCAGCAGGUGGAGCAGGCGCCACGCAGCAGCCCAGGUGCCAAGCUGGUGAAGCUGGCAGACAAGCUGUACAAUCUGAGGGACCUGAACCGUUGCACCCCGGCCGGAUGGUCUGAACAUCGUGUCCAGGAGUACUUCGAGUGGGCAGCACAGGUGGUGAAGGGGCUUCAGGGAACCAACCAGCAGCUGGAAGAGGCUCUAAAGCAGCUGUUUAAGGAGCGUGGGCUGACAAUCUGAGCAGUGCCUGGAGCCACCUGGAGGCUUGGACUCCAAUCUCACCCAGCCCCCACCCCCCAUUCAUGCUCCAGUUCUUUGGGGCCUCCUGACUGCCCUCCCUCUCUCCUUUACUCAGCCCACAUGCCAAAGGUUAAAGCCAUGAGCAUUUUCUCUGAAGAGAACCAACAAAGCUGAGCCCUGGAUGUGGGGAUCAGGUGUACCCCAUCCAUUUCGACUUCCCAUCUGUUUGCUAUUUUGCAUGGUGGGCUCUCUAGCCCCUCAGGGACUUUCCUUGUAUAAACAUUGGUUUAUAAGUCGUUAUGGAAAAUAAAGCAUUUUGGGUAAAAGGUUUAAA